GAAUGCCAGCCCGGUUAAUUAGGACGCAGGAUGCCAAUCGAACGUGUCUACUGCCUAGGAUUAGUCCAAGCGCUCGCAAGAAUCCACUGCCCUGGCCUAGCGCAACCCGGGGCGGCGCGGCAUGGCAUCAGGCGGCGGCGGCGGUGCCGGUGUGUGCAACAAGAGAUACCGACGAUCGGCCGACGACGACGGCGAGACGAGCGGCCGCAACAAGAGAUGCGGCGUCGGCCCAAGCUCUGGGGCCAGCGACGACGGAGAGGGCGACGACUUCUACGACGGCGGGCAUCCUCAGAAAACGGCUGACGACGACGACGGCGCCGGCGAGGAUUACAUGUACGGGUACGACGACUUCUACGACGGCGACGAAGCUGAGCAAUCAAAGGGCGACGCCUCGGCAUGCGACACGGAGCAGAGGUACGUCGUCCUCACCGAGUCCGACGUCCGCGCGCGGCAGGAGGCGGACACGGCCAAGGUCGCCGAGGUCGUGUCGAUCCCGACGGGCUUCGCGGCCGUCCUGCUGCGCCACUUCAAGUGGAGCGUCGGGCGGGUCCAGGAGGAGUGGUUCACGGACGACCGGCGCGUCCGCGGCGCCGUCGGCCUGCCGGCACCGGAAGACGGCGAGGAGCUAGUCCUAAUCCCCGACGCGCGCAGCCCGCGGCCGCAGGUCUGCGGCAUCUGCUUCGAUCCGUACCCCGCGGGUAGGACGAGGUCGGCUGGGUGCUCCCACUACUACUGCGACUGCUGCUGGAGCGGAUACGUCGCCGCGGCCGUGGGCGACGGCCCGCGGUGCCUGUCGCUGCGGUGCCCGGAGCCUUCCUGCUCGGCGCCCGUCGUCCGGGAGCUCGUCGACGAGGUGGCGGCGAGCGCCGCUGACAGGGCUAGGUACGCGCGGUUCUGGCUCCGAUCGUACGUGGAGGAGAGCGGGGGGCGGAUCAAGUGGUGCGGCGGCGCCGGGUGCACCCGCUCCGUGGAGUUCCUCGGAGACGCCGCCGCCGACGCGGUGGCGGCGACAGACGUGUUCUGCUGCGGGUGCAGGCACGGCUUCUGCUGGCGCUGCGGCGAGGAGGCGCACCGGCCGGUGUCGUGCGCCACGGUGCGCGCGUGGCUGGCCAAGAACGCCUCCGACUCGGAGACGGCCAACUGGGUGGUGGCCAACACCAAGCGCUGCCCCAAGUGCCGGCGGCCGAUCGAGAAGAACCACGGCUGCAACCACAUGACGUGCGGCGCCCCCUGCCGCCACCAGUUCUGCUGGCUCUGCUUCGACCCCUGGGACAACCACAGGGGCUGCACGCGCUACGAUUACCGCCAGCGGCAGGAGCUGGAGGCCGCCGCCGCGGACGAGGAGGAGACGCGGCGGAGGCAGGCCAAGGCGUCGCUGGACAGGUACUUGUACCACUACGAGCGGUGGGCGGGCAACGGCAAGUCGCUGCAGAAGGCGCUCGCGGACGCGGACGAGCUGGAGCGGUCGGAGCUCGAGAGGAUGGCCAGGCUGGUGGACCUCCCGGCGAUGGAGCUCGGGUUCGUGACCGAGGCGUACCGGCAGAUCGCCGAUGGCCGGCGGGUGCUGCGGUGGGCACACGCCUACGCGUACUUUCUGUUCCUGGACCAGGAGCGCGACGCGGCCAAGCGCGACCUGUUCGACGACCUGCAGAGCCAGGCCAACCGGUGGCUCGAGUCCCUGCACGGCUGCGCCGAGCUGGAGAGGAAGGAGCUCUUCUGUGGUGCCGAUGGUGACGGCGAGUCCACCGUCGCCGCCACGGCGUUCAGGGCGUACAAGGAGAAGGUCGCCAACCUCACCGGAGUUACGCGCACGUUCAUGGGGAACCUUGUGAAAGCGUUCAAGACCAACCUGCCGGAAGUGGUGGUGACGCCGGAAUUCGAUUUCGAGCACAUAGUGGAUGGACCAACGAUGGGCAGCCAAACGGCUGGUGUUGGAGGCAUUAUUUCUAGUGCAACUGUUACACUUGAACCAGCAGCCCUACCGAUGGUUUCCGGACCUUCUGGUGUCUGGAACUUCACACUUAUUCCCAACUUGGCUUCACAAGGGAUAUCAACACUGCAACCUUCAUCGUCAUCUCUUAUUUCACAAGAAACAAAAAUUAUUGCAAAUGAAAGUAUGCAAGAACACAGCCCUAUAAGAAACCCUGUUCAUCAGCCAGUUGGCCCCGGUGGUCAUGGCGGCCUCCUCAGCAAUCUAUCACAGUUUCCACAGAUGAACUCUACUUUUUCCGGAGAAGCUACAACCUCGAUGGGACUGCCGAAUAUGGGGGCAAUAACACCAUUACAAGUCCACAUGUCAAACAUGAUAUCAAGUGGCACGACAUCGACACCCUCUAUUACCUUCUCUGUGUCUGGACCUGGACAACCAAUUGGUACGGAACUGAUGAUGGUACAGAGCACAGCUCUUGGCUUUGGCUCCCUUGGCUCAAACACUUCUACUGCAUGGGACAAUUCAGAUAAUGCUGCAUCAUCCUCUCAGCACAACAGCAUGGCCAUGGAUCGGCAAGCAGGAAUCAAUCCACUCAGUUCUGCCAUGAAUGUGCCUAUUGGGCUGCAUCCCAAUGCCCAACAACCGCCACCAAAAUAUGUCAAAAUUUGGGAGGGAACCUUAGCCGGGCAAAGACAAGGACAGCCUGUAUUUAUUUCUAAACUCGAAAGCUUCAGCGGCGGAACAGUGUCCGAAACAGUUGCAGCAGAUUGGCCAGAAACUAUGCAUAUUGUUCGCCUCAUAGCCCAGGAGCAUAUGAACAAGAAACAAUAUGUUGGAAAGGCAGACUUCCUAGUAUUUCGGACAUUAAAUCAUCAUGGCUUUCUUGGACAACUACAAGAGAAGAAGCUGUGUGCUGUGAUACUAUUACCAUCGCAAACUCUACUACUUUCAAUGUCUGAAAAACCAGGGCGUCUGAUUGGCAUGCUCUUCCCUGAGAACAUGGUGAUGUUCAAACCAGCGGUCUUAACUCAACCAUCACCAGUGCAACAGGAAAAGCUACAACAACAGCAAGAACUUCUACACCAACAACAACUACAACAACAGGCGCAGCAUCAAAACAUCCAACGUCUUCAACAACAAAUCCGACAGCAGCAGCAGAUGCAACAAAUGCAGCAUGAACAACAUAUGCAGCACAGGCAUCAACUCAAAAUCUGCCAAUGCAGCAACAAAAGCUACACCAGCAACAGCUUCAACAACUACAUUUACCGCAACAGCUAAUGCAACAACAACAACCUCGAUACCAGCAAUAGCUAUGGCAACAAAUGCAACAUCAACAACAACUGAGGCAACAAAUACAACAACAGAAGCUUCAGCAGCAACAUAUGCAGCAAAUGCAACCCCAACGACAACCGUUGCCACAGAUGGUGGGUACAGAAUUAGACAAUGGUGAUAAUGCAAGGGAAGAUUGGGUCACAGGGGCUGGGCGGCAUGCCUAGGGGAAGCAGGGAGGGUUAGUGAGCGCUUACACUGACCCGAGAAUUAGGAAAUUUCCUAGUAUUUAUCUUUUAAUCAUUAAUUGAGAAUUUUAAAGAAUGGUCAUUUGUAUAGUGUUAUAGAAUGGAUUAAGAGUUUAAAUUACAAAACUAUGUUAUCUAGUAGUUAAUAUAUUAUAUUGAGUUGGGAGCUAGAGAUGCGCAAA